AGCUUGAUUUAUCAUCGGUGCGGAUCUUGGACAGUGACGCCUUUGACCCUUUGGCCACUCUGACCAACCUGACUAGACUGAAUCUGUACAGAACAAGGAUAUCCGAACAAGUGACCAUCAAAAUUAUAAGAAAUUCACCAAAGCUGGAAUAUAUAAAUUUAGAUGCUGUACAAACCAUACAGAAUUACGACAAUGUGGCUGCAGAGCUCGCAAAAUGCAGGAAUUUACUAAGUGUGAAUCUAUGGCGAGCAAGGACUUUAACAUUAACUGGUCUGAGCAAUUUGGCAAAGGGAUGCAAAGAUAUGUUGGAGAUUGACUUAGGAUGGUGUGUUUGGUUGAGAUCCGAUGGCAGCAACUACCACAUUGAAAACUUUGUACAAUCCUGCAAGAAACUACGCAAGCUCUACCUUACUGCACUCAGGAGUGUAUCAGACAGCGACUUGUACGCUAUAGCUGCCAAUCUACCAGAUCUUGAACAGUUAGACAUCCUUGGUACAUUAGCCGUCGGUCCGAUGAGUGUGCAGAGAGUUUUAGAAAGUUGUCCGAAGCUACGUCUGUUUGAUCUGUCCUUCUGUAACGGGGUUCCAGAGGACGCUGUGAGAGUAUGGAGAGAAACGUACCCCAAUGUGUCGAUCAAGAGGAGCUUUGUUUCAUCCUGAUCAAUGUAAGAAAGAGCAGAAGAAAAGGGCAUCAAAGGUAAAUGACAACUCAUUAUUGUAUCUUCGCUGUGCAAAUCCCCCUCCCCCCCCCCAUGUGGCUUGGUCCCAAUUUUAUAAAGCCAGACAGCACACAAACUUGCACAGCACAGGAAAAUAUUGUAUUAUAAUGAGUGUAAUUAGCUCUGAGUGAAAGUGGGUUAGUAUUUCCCAUUCAUAAAUACCUAAGACAGGUUAUCCAUUCUGAUUGGUCGAGAGGGUAUCACGAGGUGUUGUUUGAA